UGGGGGGAUCCUGGCAGCCAUGGUGUCAGACGAAGAUGAAUUGAAUCUUCUGGUUAUCGUAGUUGAUACCAACCCAAUUUGGUGGGGAAAGCAAGCGUUAAAGGAAUCUCAGUUUACUUUAUCAAAAUGCAUAGAUGCUGUGAUGGUGCUGGGAAAUUCUCAUUUAUUCAUGAAUCGUUCCAACAAACUUGCUGUGAUAGCGAGUCACAUUCAAGAAAGUCGAUUCUUGUAUCCUGGAAAGAAUGGCAGACUUGGAGACUUUUUUGGAGACCCUGGCAACCCUUCCUCUGAGUCCGGCCCGUCAGGGAGUAAGGACGGGAAGUACGAGUUGUUCACAGCCGCGAAUGAAGUCAUUGCCGAAGAGAUUAAGGAUCUCAUGACCAAGAGUGACAUAAAGGGUCAACAUACAGAAACUCUGCUGGCAGGAUCCCUCGCCAAAGCUCUUUGCUACAUUCAUAGAAUGAACAAGGAAGUGAAAGAUAAUCAGGAAAUGAAAUCAAGGAUUUUGGUGAUUAAGGCUGCAGAAGACAGCGCGCUGCAGUAUAUGAACUUCAUGAAUGUCAUCUUCGCAGCACAGAAGCAGAAUAUUUUGAUCGAUGCCUGUGUUUUAGACUCGGAUUCAGGACUCCUCCAACAGGCUUGUGACAUCACGGGGGGACUGUACCUGAAGGUGCCUCAGAUGCCUUCCCUUCUGCAGUAUCUGCUGUGGGUUUUUCUCCCUGAUCAAGAUCAAAGAUCUCAGUUAAUCCUCCCUCCCCCAGUCCAUGUGGACUACCGAGCAGCUUGCUUCUGUCAUAGAAAUCUCAUUGAAAUUGGCUAUGUCUGUUCUGUGUGCUUGUCAAUAUUCUGCAAUUUCAGUCCUAUCUGCACGACCUGCGAGACAGCCUUUAAGAUUUCUCUGCCUCCUGUGCUGAAGGCCAAGAAAAAGAAACUGAAAGUGUCCGUGUGAUCAGAAGAUCCCCACGCCCCGAGCUAAUCUCUUAGAGCUUAUUAAGAGAAAUUGUGUGGCGAAAGCUGUGUUAGGAAGCCCUGAAAAAAAUACAGUGUUGUAUGGGAUGAUUUUGAAUGAAGUUUCUUACAGGAAAGUUUUCUAGACCAUUAUCCUCAUGCUGUGCUUUUGGGGGACCUGCUUUAUUUGAGGGAGUCAUUCUGUGCAAUCUUUUCUGAUAGUUUUUUGUCCACAGAGGGAGAAGAAAGCAUAAAUUAGUGACUUUUUUUUUUUUUUUUUUUUUUAAUGGGGUGAUCAUUUGUCUGUCAGCCUGGCCUGAUUGCAGGCUUUAGACUCUGUUACCUAGUCUGGGUUCUGCCUGUGAAAUGCACAGCCAGUGGAAUUUGAGCAAAGUUUUAGCGAUCGUCCACUAAUGGCAUUAAUCAAGAGAGACCAUCUUCCUUGAAUCAACAGCUGACUUGGAUGGUAGUCAUGCAAAUAAAAUCCUUAUUUUCUAAGUUAAGAUUUAGCUCCAGAAACUAGCAGAUUUUCUUUUGCCUGACAUCACUGUGUGUCUGGACAUAGUUAUCCAUGUAAUAACUGUCGCUGAGUAAAUAGGAAGUCUGAUCUUAAGUGAAUGUGGAGAAGGGGGUGUGGUACUCUGGCAGUGACCUUCCCUUCUUCAGAGAUCGUUGGGUGAAGAGCUUCUGCAUGAGAGCCGCUGUCUGGGUUCAGAGGGGGGCCUGGUGGAGAAUGGAUCCUUUAUGGCUCAGUAUUGUCCCCCAGGUGGAAUGA